GGCGUGUUCCCCUGGGGCUCCCUGCGCCCCCCGUCCCAUCUUCCCAGAGCUCCUUGCACCUGCUCUCUGUCUUUCCUGUUCCUCCCUCCGCCUGCUCUCUGGAUCCGAGCAGCUUCCCUCUCCCCACUGCAGCCAACUCUCUUCCUGCCCAUCUGGCUGUGGUAGUGCUCUGUACAGGCUGUGUCCUAGUAACCACAGUUUCUCCAACCCAGUCAAUGAAAGCCAUCAUGGAAACAGAGCAAACCACCUCCGAGUUCCUUGUGCCCAUGCUCACCACGGCGGACACGGGCCUCUGGGAAUGCAGAGUCUGCACCAGCAGGGGUCAGGACAGCAGGAGAGUCAAGGUCAAUGUCAAAGUACCCCCAGUGCCACUCAAUCCCCCGCGGUUGCUGGCCAAGCAGAGUCGGCAGCUUGUGGUGUCCCCUGUGGAUGGUUUCAGUGGUGACGGCCCAAUCGCCUCCAUCAAGCUGCUCUACAAGCCCAAGGACGUCACCUCACCUUGGUCAUCCAUCGUGGUUGACAACAGUGAGAACAUCACACUCAUGAACCUACGGCCAGUCACUGCCUACCUGGUCAUGGUGCAGCUGGCACGCCCAGGUGACAAGGGGGAAGGUGUGGCGGGACCGCAGGCGAUCAUGGUGACAGAGUGUCAAGAACCCACAGCCAAGCCGGUGAUCGACGGCUGGUCUGUGGAAGGAAAGAACACACUUCAUGUUAACUGGAAUGUGCCAAAUAACUAUGAGCCAGCAAACGGAUUCAUUGUACGUCUCUGGGACUCAGCAAAAGUGCUUGUACAGGAGGUUAAUAUUACCUCCAUGUCUGUGCACUCUGCCCGCAUCCCUUACCUGGAGUUCAACAAGGAGUAUGGCCUGGAAGUGUUUGUCUAUCACUGCACCCGCCUGGGCCCUCCAUCUGACCUCUGCAAGGUCAUGAUCAACAGCAAAGGCCCCUCGGCCCCCAGGUCUCUCCAUGCAGAGCCCCUUGUGGAUUCUGCCAUCCAGCUCACCUGGCAGGCCCCUGAGUAUCCCAACGGGGGCAUCACCAAGUACAUUGUGGAGCUGCAGCAGCUGGGCGGGGCCAGCGAGCCUCAGUGGGUCGAUACGGACAGCGGGGGGGAGACGACGAAGAUCCUCCGUGGGCUCAACGCCAGCAUGUGGUACCAGUUCCGGGUGCGGGCCAACUCCCACGUGCCUGGGGAGUGGAGUGAGCCGGUGAAGGCAGAGACCCUGGGCGAUGGGGCUCUCAGCGAUGUGCCCAGACUGCAGAGCCAGGACGUGCCGCCCUCAGGACUAGCACACGAGCUGCUCCUGGCCAUCGUCGGCUCCGUGUCUGUCACCUGCCUCACCAUCCUCUUGGCCCUCCUGGCCCUGUUCCUCAUCAAGAAGAAUUUCUUUCACCGCCGCCGGACCUUCACCUACCAGUCUGGCUCGGGGGAAGAGACCAUCCUGCAGUUCAACUCGGGGACCCUGACGCUGACCCGCCGGCCCCAGGCCCAGCCCGAGCCCCUCAGCUACCCCAUCCUGGCCUGGGAGGACAUCACCUUUGAGGACAUGAUCGGGGAGGGGAACUUCGGACAGGUCAUCAGGGCAAUGGCCGGUGUCUCAGGUCUGCGACUGCAGCGUCUGCUCCGGUGUGUUUCAGAGUUUGCGUCGGAGAACGACCACCGGGACUUUGCAGGGGAGCUGGAGGUGCUGUGCAAACUGGGGCACCACCCCAAUAUCAUCAACCUUCUGGGGGCCUGUGAGAACAAAGGCUACCUGUACAUUGCCAUUGAGUACGCGCCCUACGGGAACCUGCUGGACUUCCUCCGGAAAAGCCGCGUGCUAGAGACAGACCCGGCCUUCGCAAAGGAGCACGGGACGGCCUCCACCCUCACCUCCCAGCAGCUCCUCCAGUUUGCCUCCGACGUGGCCAAGGGCAUGCAGUACCUGAGCGAGAAGCAGUUCAUUCACAGGGACCUGGCAGCCAGGAACAUCCUGGUGGGGGAGAACCUGGCCUCCAAGAUCGCCGACUUUGGCCUCUCCCGAGGGGAGGAGGUCUACGUGAAGAAGACCAUGGGCCGCCUGCCGGUUCGCUGGAUGGCCAUCGAGUCCCUGAACUACAGUGUGUACACCACCAAAAGCGACGUGUGGUCCUUUGGGGUGCUGCUAUGGGAGAUCGUCAGCCUGGGAGGAACUCCCUACUGUGGGAUGACAUGCGCCGAGCUCUACGAGAAACUGCCCCAGGGAUACCGGAUGGAGAAGCCCCGCAACUGUGAUGACGAGGUGUACGAGAUGAUGAAGCAGUGCUGGCGAGACCGUCCCUACGAGCGCCCGCCCUUCGCUCAGAUCUCCAUGCAGCUCGUCCGCAUGCUGGAGGCCAGGAAGGCCUACGUGAACAUGGCCUUAUUCGAGAACUUCACCUACGCUGGCAUCGACGCCACAGCGGAGGAGGCCUGAGGGCGAGCAGGGCACCGCGCCGGGAGCCCUGCACAGCACACACCUGUGCACCGCACGUGGACACCGGCCAGCCUAGGCCAGGGGAGGGGCACUGCCUCUGCCCACGUGGGGCACGCUGCCAUGGCCGGCCCUGCUCCCCAGCAGCUGGAGACCAGGAACUGCCCUUGUCCCAGACUAGGACCAGUCUGGGGCUGUUUCUGGUUAACAUGACUCCUGCAAACUCUGCAGCCAGGCUCCUGGAUGGACUGCAGCUGUGGGCUGCACACACAGGACUGCACCCGCUGCCCUCUCUCCAGCUUCUGCCGGGCAGCUCUGUA